GUGGAUGGGGAACACCGUGCCGGCAGAGAGAGACGGUCCAAACGAACCGGCGGCGGUCGAGCGGCGUCCGUUCAGUGUUGUUUUGUUGUCGGUUCGCGUUGUACGUGUCACGUCCGUCUUUAACCAGUCCGUGUGUACGCGCGCGCCAAAUCGCGUACAAAAUAUAUCCGUAUAAUAUUGUCAUAACGUCGUCCAUCGCAUGGUAUUAGCACCCAUCGGACGAUAUACAUCACGCGGUGACGUUUUUUUUCCCCUCUCGGUCUAAAACUCAUUUUUUUUUUAUUCACCUCCCGAGACCAACCGUCGUAACAAGUGCCCAGCCGACGCGACCACCGUGAUCCGCCGAAGUGAGGCCGUUGUGCCGUCGUUAUGAACGUUGUUUUCGCCGCAUCGCCGCCGCAGCCGUCGUCAUCGUCGUGAUCCGAUUAUCGAGCGCGAACGAACGAACGAAGCCACCAGUGGCCGCGUGAAAUGCAACCAUCGACCGGUAUUAUGUCGUCGAAAUCGUUAACGUUGCUGCUAACGCUGACGGUGGUGGCUACGUGGUCGCCCGUCACCGCUGCCGCGCUCGCCGACAACGUGACCGUAUUCAGGUGCUGCGGCCGCGGCCAGACCCUCGACCUGACCGACGUGCACGGCCGGUGUGCCCCGGUGGCCGUGUCGCAGCCGCCUGACUUUGUGCCCGUCAUCUUCGACGUGUACAGCAACCAGUUCCUGGCGCCCAACAGCACGCCGCCGCCAUCGUACGGCAUGACGCCGGCCCGGCCACCAUGCCACCCCGCCGUGUUCCUGCCCGCCUCGCCGUUGGGCUCGCCAUCUGGCUUCGUUCCGUUCAUCAACGGAUCGCUGUGGGCCCAGCUAUGGCCCACUACGCUCGUGGACUCGGACCAGUACUGCCUGGACCGCAGCGGCGCGCUCGUGUGUCCGCCCGACGAGCCGAACAAGACAAAGAAGUGCUGCGGCCCCGCGGCCGUGUACAUCGACGAGAAGGCCGCAUGCGAGAUCGCGGACCCUCACGACCCGGCCGAUCUGCCGGCCGACCUCAUAUACGGGUUCCCGCGGUGUGACGGUGACUCGUUCUUCAUGUCCGGCCACAUCAACGAGACCCACUGGCCCGUCGGCGACCUGUGGCCAGCCGGUGGCGUGCUGCGCACCGCCGACGGCCAUUCCAUCCAGCCGCGGGACUACUGCCUGGAGCACGUGCUCGAAGACAAGGAGCCGCGCAGGUGGACGGUGUUCACGUGCGCGCCCCGAAACGACCAUCACGAUCACGUGACCAAGAGCUACCGCGAGGACAUACGGUUCACCCUGUACCCUCUCGGGCUACUGCUUUCCGUGUUCUUCCUGGCCGUUACCCUGGUGGCCAGCUGUAUGUUGCCCAGCACGUACCACGUGCUUCACUGGAAGUGUCAAGUCAACUACGUCGGCUGCCUGUUGGUUGGGGAUCUGUUCCUGGCUUUCAUCCAGCUGUCCGGUGACUCUUUACGGGGCCCACUGUGCAUAUUCACAGCAAUCGUCACGCAUUUUUUCUUUCUGGCGGCGUUUUUCUGGCUCAACACGAUGUGUUUCAAUAUAUGGUGGACGUUUAGGGACUUGAGGCCCGCCAACUUGGAUAAAGGCCAAGAAGCAUGUAGACUCAGGCUGUACCAGUUAUACGCGUGGGGUGUGCCUUUGAUGAUCGCUACACUAGCCGCUGUUUUAGAUCGUAUUCCGACGGAUCAAUAUGUUUCACUCAUCAGACCUAAAUUUGGGGAACACCGAUGCUGGUUUUACGGUGACGCAGAAAUUCUGUCAUAUUUCUUUGGACCUAUUGGUAUUUUGUUAUUGUUGAAUCUAACAUUGUUUGCGGCCACGGCUAGGGAGCUGACGUGUGGAUUAUGGAGAACCGAAGUAGUGAAAUCUACAAGCGAAAGGGCCACGUUGGGCCGCGUCUGCCUGAAACUGGUGAUCGUCAUGGGCAUCACGUGGGUAGUGGACGUGCUGUCGUGGAUGAUCGGCGGGCCGGACUACAUGUGGUACAUGACGGACCUGAUAAACACGCUGCAAGGGGUGCUGAUAUUCAUCGUGGUCGGGUGCCAGCCACAGGUGUGGAUGGCCGUGAAGCGCAUGUGCCGGUGCCUGCGUUCGGACAACCCGUCGGACGGCGGUAACGCCAGGUCGUCAACGUCAAACGCGAUGCCGUCCACCGUCAACGAGUCGACGCUGACCAAACCGGUGGAAACGCUGUGCUGAUGAGACCCGGUCGAAUGAUAUCCGACGACCGCUCGCCCGCCACGUGGUUGCACCCAUCGCGCGCGUACAUGACGGGAGAACACGGUCACGUACACGGAGAGGCGCACCGUCGCGGACGAUCCGACACACGCGAACAUGACACAAACUAGACGAAAUCGUUGCCGUCGACCUUACGCGUCAAGCGCGCGCGUGAGCGUUCGAUAUCUUGCCCGGCGAACGGAAAGUUAUUUAGACUGACAAAUAUUUUGUUUUAUUAUUAUUAUUUUUCCACGCCACCCCUCCCCCACUGUAUAUCACCCCUUUUUAACCAGUAUUAAUAUUACUAUAUCACUAUUAUAUGAUCCACGCGCGCACGUACAACACAUAAUUAUAAUUACAUUUCACGUACACGUGGCUUAACCCUCGUCAAACAAUCGUAUCGCGGACACGACGAUCUUGUUGGAAACGCGUUCCUUCUUCAUCGCCAUUGACUUUUAUAACACGAUAAUAUUGACAAAUCGCGUUCUCGGUCAUGAGGGCCGAAGAUCCCAAAACGUCUUAUCUGUGACCGCCACCUCAUUUUGGACCAAUCACAAUUAUUAUUAAGUAUUUUACAUGAACAACAUGUACCUGCGUCACUUACGUUACCCGUACGCGUUUGAAACGUUCAUGAGCAGUGUACGUGAUUAAGAUUUCACGUGUUCUCGUAACAGCCCAAAAAACAAUUUCUGGUUUUUAAUAUUUACCCCUAAAAAAAAAUGAAUAUAAACUCGAUUACAAACCAUGUAUAUGUUCAUGCGUGAAAAGUACCUACUUGCAUUCAAAAAUGUUAUUUUUCUUUUUUCUAUCCCUAUAAUAUAUAUAUUUAUAUUUAUAUAUUUGUAUAUAUUUAUAUUCCUAUAGUGUUGAUUUUAUUACGUUACUCACGACGCAUUAAUGUAUAAUAAUUAUACGACUGUUGUACUAUUAGAAUUUCAGCUAUUUUAUUUUAUUUUUUUUUUUUAAUUACACUAACAGUUAUUCCUACGAAACAUUUAACGUCUUCGAAAAAAAUAAAAGCAACGCCUAAUGCUUUCGAUAAUAAGUCUUCGCGAAAAUACGUGGUUCAAACCACGGAUGCCAAUUUUAUUGUGAAAAUUGUAUUUUAUAUGUGUUCGUAUUAUUAUUAUAAUUAUUAUUUUUUUUUAUUUUUUCUUUUUUUGUUUAACAUAUUUUUAUAUUAAGUUCCUGUAAGCCAAUGUAAUUUAUUUUUUUUUCCCCCGAACAAUGAUCUACUGAAUAGAUUUUGAUUGUUGACUAUGAAAUUCGAUUGUAUUUUUUUAAAUAUUAUUACUUAAUAAGCCUGA